AUGCAUCUCUUUGGUGAGAGCGAGGUGCAAAAUUACGAUAUCCUGGCUAUCCAGGAACCCUACAUCAACAAACAUACCGACCCACUAACAACAUACUCACUAGCGCUCAAGGGCAGCUUCCAUAUCCUACUGCAGCCCACACCCAAGGAAGAAUACAAGAAACGCCCACGAGUCUGUUUCUACGUCAAUAGAGGGCUAGAUCCAGCCACAUGGGAGGUCCAAUACCAUAAUAGAGAUCUGAGCACAUUGACACUUCAUACAGCCGCCCAUGGAACCAUCCAUAUUCACAAUGUAUACAAUCCAGGAGUCAAUAGCAACGAGGAAUCUGUAAUUAGCGCCCUGCAAACCGCCAUGGCACCUAGGGCGCAGCAUAUUGUAUUGGGGGACUUCAACCGACAUCACCCGCUGUGGGCGGGCCCGCGGUACCGACACGUUGACGAGGAGGCCACCGAAUUGAUUAAUCUUAUGGAUGAGCAUGGGCUCGAGCAGCUCUUGCCACCAGGCACGAUCACGUACGAGAGGGUUAACGCCAAAUCUACAAUUGAUCUGGUGUGGGCAUCGCACAAUCUAGCCAACCGGGUAGUGAGCUGCGACACCAAGCCAGAGUGGUGGUACGGAGCAGAUCAUGUCCCAAUCUCCACUCAAUUUGACCUUACAGCUAUACGUGUUCCUCCAUUGGUUCGCAAGCAGGAGCUCAAUGAUAAUGAGGCGAUCAAUGAGGCGAUCCGCUAUCUAGUUGAGGCAAUCAAUCAGGCAGCUGAGCAAGCGACACCUACAAAACAGAUCAGCAUCUACUCACGAGCGGGCUACACCCCAGAGAUGGCGAAGCUUAAACACCACGCAUGGGAGGACUACGCAGAGGCUAGGAAAGAGAUGAAACGGCGCACCAAUGAGCUCGCACGAGAUCUACAUCGCCAACGAAUUGAGCAGGCAACAGAGUCAAUAGAUGGAUUCUGGAGAAUUGCCCGUUGGGUCCGCAAUAGGGGCAAACCACGUGCCACGUUUACCCCAACGUUACACUACAAUAACACGAGUUACACAGCCCCAAAGGAGAAAGCAGCCCUAUUCCGAGAGGUCCUCCACCCAGAGCCCCCGGAGGCAGAUCUGUCAGAUAUUGGGCCACAAUAUAGAUAUCCCAAACCGUAUACGAUGCCACCAAUCACGUUAGACGAAGUCCGAAUGGCAGUAACCAACGUGAAGCCCGACAAAGCACCAGGGCCAGAUGGAAUCCCCAAUCUGGUCCUACAAAGGCUGCUCCCUACUAUCGAGGCCUAUCUCGUUAAUCUCUUUAAUGCAUGUCUACGUCAACAAUACUGCCCUGACCAUUUCCGAAAGUCGACAACAGUCAUCCUUCGCAAGCCUGGAAAGCCUGAUUACUCUGAUCCAAAGGCGUACCGCCCAAUAGCGUUACUGAGCACGAUUGGCAAAGCACUAGAAUCAGUGUUAGCCAGACGUCUCAGCUAUCUAGUGGAGCAAUAUAAUCUUUUACCAAAGCAACAUAUUGGAGGACGUCGCGGCCGCUCAUGCGAACUAGCAAUCCAUCUCUUACUAGAAGAGACCCAUAGUGCGUGGAGAGAGGGCUCACGAGUAGCCUCAGGGCUUGCACUUGACGCGGCAGGGGCUUUUGACAACGUCAAUCAUAUAAGGCUGAUACACGACCUACGAAAGCGCCAGGUGCCAGAUGACCUGAUUGGCUGGAUUGAGAGCUUUCUAAGCAAUCGCCGCACGUCAAUCACACUCCUAGAGGGCAAUAUGGGGGAAUUUCUAGUCAAUACAGGCAUUCCGCAGGGCUCCCCAUUGUCACCAAUCCUAUUCCUAUUCUUUAAUGCAGAUCUUAUUGAGCAGAUACUCGCCGAGUGCCCGGACGUGAUUGUACUUGGAUAUAUUGACGACAUCUUCAUCAUGACAUAUGGGACCUCCGCCGCAGCCAACUGCCACACACUCACCAAAGUACACCAGGUUGCAGAGCGCUGGGAGAGGACACAUGCCUCUAAAUUUGCGCCUGCCAAAUAUCAACUUACCCACUUUUGGCGGAAGCACCAAAUGGUGCCUAAGCCGAGUGGUAGGCUGGAUGUACCUCUCAUAAUCAAGGGAGUAGAAAUUAAGCCUACGGACUCAAUCAAAUAUCUAGGAGUUUAUCUGGAUACCCACCUCACUGGGGAAGUGCACGUACAGGAGAUGAGAAAGAAGGCUGCAAAACUGGUGGCGGGAUUAAGCUCAAUCGCAGGAUCGACAUGGGGAACGCCCCUGGUUCAUCUAAGGAAGAUAUACACGGCUGUCCUCCAACCACAGAUCAUGUACGCGUGCUCCACGUGGUAUAUACGAGGUGGAAGAGGGUUCACCGGUGCGCAGCGAGCUGCAGAGCAAGCCAUCCGAUCGAUCCAGGAUCAGGCUCUUCACCAGAUAUCCGGCGCGUUCAAACGUACGUCACGACAGGCCCUAGAGGUCUGUCUCCAUGUACCACCUGCAGAGCUCACGCUCGCAAAGCUGGCUGAGGAGGCCUGCCUGCGGAUCAUGACCUCACCACUUCGAUCUACGCUUUACCAAAUACGUGGCCAAGCCCACUGUAACGACCCAUACACGUCGCCACUUCAUCGAUUGGAAACAGCCAUCGACCGCAAACUGGGGAGUGAUACUAGCCAACGCAUCGAGACAAUCUACCCCUUUGUAGUGCCACCGUGGUGGGAGCCACCAGAAGCAAGGAUUGACGAUACCCGUGAGGAGGCUAUCAAGGCUAUUGAAGCAAUCUCAGGAACAGAUACAACAAUACAGUUCUUUACCGAUGGGAGCGGCUUUGACAAUGGGAUUGGGGCAGCGGUCUACUCAUCAAUAGGACAGGCUUAUAAGCCAGUAGGCUCAUCUGACACACAUACUGUUUAUGCAGGGGAACUGGAGGGAAUCGAUGCGGCAUUGGAAAUCCUACUCCGAAGCCAGCCAUGCGACGACAACCCACACGAAGCCACAAUCUACACAGAUAAUCAAGCCGCAAUACGCGCCACGUGCCAGCCAGGGCGGUCCUCUGGGCAGUAUAUCCUUCGACGGAUCGUACGACACCUGGGCCUCCUACGCGACAACCGAUCUCGAUGGCGUGUACGACUACAGUGGGUGCCAGGCCACGAAGGGGUCCCAGGCAACGAGAAAGCAGACCAGCUGGCAAAGUUGGCUGCAGUCGAGGCGACACGGCGUACACAGGAGAACGCCCACAUAGCCAGGAUCAGCGCACCCAAUCAGACUACACCACACGCCGCACGAAUGUCGUAUAUUCCAAAUCAGUCAACUAUCCUUAUGGCAGUGUGUCGCCAGAGGCUACAUGCAGGCUUUGCAAAGAGGUGGAAGGAACAGUGGGAGCAUGCCAACCAUGGACGGCAUCUCUAUCGGAUAAUCAAAGCACCAACAAAGAUGGUGUUGCAGCUGCACGAGGGAUUACGACGGGCUUGGAGUUCAGUGUUAAUCCAACUACAAACAGGUAAAUCAGCGCUACGCAGCUUCCUAGCGAGUGUACGGAUUGAAGACUCACCUCAAUGCGAAUGUGGCCUUGGGGAUCAGGAUACGGCCCACGUCCUCAUACGGUGUCCUACCCAUAUAAACCUGCGUAUGGAGACUCUCUGGAAAGAAGCACGCGAAACAGAUUAUCGGAAGCUCCUUAGCGAACCUCAGUGGGUUCGGCAGAGUAUUGAAUUUAUAAUGCGGACUGGUCUAUUGACGCAGUUCCAUCACGUAACCCCCUUAACAACCACGCGCUCACAGUGAGUGCGACACUACCCUGAUGAAGAGUAACCAUGUUGAUUCGGCUUGGACGGAUCAGCCACUUGACACGUUUGGAAAUAGAACCGGGCACCAAAACAUAAAUAUCACGUCACCCCGCACCGAGAUCCUUCACUCAUUUUGUAUAUAUACACAUUU